AUGUCCACGAUAUAUUCGUUCAAUCACCUUAUAGCUGAACGCACUCGCGAUCACCCAAACCUUGAAAUCUUAAGCAUACCAGACAAGAACUUCAAUUAUGUCAAGUAUACCCUGGCCGACCUUGAUGCUUCAGCGUCCUUGUUGGCCCACCACCUACGGGACAAUGGACUGUUGAAUGGACGUUCCAAAGGGGAUGUCACCAGUAGGAUGACAGUUGGACUUCUGGGCAUUAGCAAUAUCAGUUAUGUAGUCACCGAGAUGGCACUUUUUCGGAUGGGAUACUGCGUGCUUUUCUUAUCGCCGAAUAACUCUCCUUCCGCAAUUGCUCACCUGUUGACUGUGACAAAUGCAACCCACGUGAUAGUGCAAGACGCGCUAUUACCUUCCGCGACAGCAGCUCUUACACAUCUCAGCAACCCCAGUUCUGUGACGAUCAUCAACCAGCCUUCAUCUGACGUCUUCGGCUCAGCCGCUCGUUCUUUGCACCCAGAGAAGACGCGAUGGGACCCUGCAUUAAAGUGGGAGGAUGAAUCUCUUCUUCCAGUCACGGUCAUCCACACGAGCGGGUCCACUGGUUUCCCAAAGCCAAUCAUUGCAACCAACAAAGGGGCCAUCGGGAAAUUCCUCAUAAAUUUUGGUCUUGCAAGUUUAACGACUGUGCCAUUGUAUCAUGCGUACGGCCACGGCAAUCUUUAUCGUGCAAUCUGUGCUGCAAAACCGCUGUACCUCUUCCCAACUGGAUCAAUGUCAUUGACGUCUACCAACGUUAUCAAGCUUCUCAAGCAAGCUCCGGACGUGGAGGCACUAUUUGGCGUUCCUCUAGCAUUGAAACUCCUCGCUGAGACCACUGAAGGUCUACAGGUCCUCAAGAACCUUAAACUUGUCUCGUUCAGCGGUAGUCCAUGUCCCGACGAGCUCGGCGACUUCCUUGUCAAUGAGGGUGUCCGCUUGAUAGGCUAUUAUGGCGCUACUGAAACGGGUCAGCUCAUGACGUCUUUCCGGGACUUCGAGACCGAUAAGGGCUGGAAUUGGACGCGCGCUAAGGGGCCAUAUGUAAAUACCAAUGUGAACGACUACCUGCGAUUCGAACCUCUGGGCGGGGAUACCUAUGAGCUGCUCGUUAUGAGCAACCGACCCGAUGGGUCGUACGCAACGAAAGAUCUAUUUAUCAAGCAUCCCACCAUCCCUGACGCAUACAAGUUCAUGGGGCGAAUUGACGACACCCUGGUCAUGGUUAACGGCGAGAAGACGAAUCCGGUCCCGAUGGAGCUCACACUUCGUUCAUCUCCCUAUAUUGCGGAUGCCAUCAUCUUCGGUGCCGGCCGCAUUCAAAUUGGAGCUCUGAUCCUCCCAACCGAAAUUGCGAAAGACUGCUCUGCUUCAGAGCUCGCUAAGCUUGUCGCGCCCAUCGUCGCCCUUGCCAAUGCUGAGGCCCCCUCGCAUUCGCAACUUGCGUCCGAAGCACUUGUAUUUCUCCCUCAUGGCACAGUGAUUCCUCGUGCUGAUAAGGGCAGUAUCAUCAGACCACGGGUAUACAAGGAGUUCGAAGGCAUUAUAAAUGAGGCCUAUAAACGACUAGAGGGUGACAUCGACGAGGAUGGGAAGAGACGACUGAUUGAUGAGGCAGAUGCUAGGACGGCCAUUAGAGAUGUAAUCGGCAAGACGGUCGAUCGACCUAUCGACAGCCUAGAAGAUGAUACUGACCUCUUCUAUUUCGGGUUAGACUCGUUGCAGUCUAGCAGAAUACGAAACACCAUUCAGAGAGAGAUUUACCUAGGUGGCAAGAAGCUGGCCCCCAACACUGUUUUCGAACUUCCUUCCAUCACGCAGAUCGCUCGACUCCUGAUUGCAAUGUCCUCUGGCAAUGAAGGUGCUCUAGCACAACGAAGCUCGCUCGAGAUCGUGCUGGAACUUGUUGAGAAGUACAGCUCUUUCGCUUAUACGCAAAAGGCUCAUGCCAACGGAACAAAUGGAACCGCAAGCAACUCGGUUACCCCUCGCGUUGUUGUGUUGACUGGCGCGACUGGGUCUCUGGGAGCAUAUAUUCUGGAUGAACUACUUUCGGACCCUUCUGUGGCCACUGUUUACUGUCUGUGCAGAGCAGAGGACGAUGCAGAUGCGUCCAGUCGCAUAACGGCUUCCAUGAAGACAAGGAAGCUAUUCACUCGCUAUGAGCAGGUUCAAACGCGUGUCAAAGCUCUCGCUUCCGACCUGUCUACCGACAAGCUCGGACUUCAGACAGACAUGUACAACGAGAUUGCAACACGGGCAACGCUGAUCAUUCACAGCAAUAGCUUCGAACCUCACAUCCGUGGAGCCGUCAAUUUAAUUAAUCUCGCGCUGGCAUCUCCUCAUCCCCGACCAGCAGACUUUUACUUCGCAUCUUCGAUCAGUGCCGUCGCAGCUUGGCAUGGACCAGACUCAAUCCCAGAAGCCAUUACGGACGAUCCCUCUGUCGCUCAUGGGUUGGGCUAUGCGCAAUCGAAGUGGAUCACUGAAAAGCUCUGCCAAGUUGCCUCUCAACAGACACCUAUUCGGGCGGGCGUGCUACGAAUUGGCCAAAUGGUGGGAGACUCUCAGAAUGGCGUGUGGAACGAGACGGAGGCUAUCUCACUCAUCAUCAAGUGCACAGAUACAAUCGGAAUUCUUCCCAAUCUCGACGAGUCAGUUUCGUGGCUCCCAGUGGACUACGCAGCAAAGGCUAUCAUCGACCUGGUCAAUGUUCCCCCUCAACGUUUUCCCUUGGGAGAGUGCCCUGUUUGGAACGUGAUUCACCCAAAGCUUGUGCCGUGGACGUCCGUCCUCUCGUCUCUCCAACACGCUGGCCUGAAAUUUAAAGCCCUCCCGAGGCACGAGUGGAUCAAGGCUUUGCGCGCUAGCCCUAUUGAUGAAGUGAAUAACCCGAGCCGGAAGCUGUUGACCUUUUUUGAGAACAAAUACGGACAAGAGGAACUGGCUACGCGGUACCCAUUACUGACAGUACAAACUGAGAAAGCAAGUAAGAGUCUCAGGAGCGCACCUAUUGCUGAUGAUGGACUGGUGGGGAAGUGGGUAGCUGCUUGGAGAGAGACAGGUUUUUUGGCUUGA